GGGCAGCAGGCACCUCUGGUGUGGCUCCGGACCUAGCCCGUGGCAGGUGGAGCCACUCCACGGAGCGGCCUAGUUGUUGCCGCCUGUUGGGUGGUGACAGGAGGAGGGGGCUCAUCGGAGCUCGGCUCUGGGCUUCUCUGUGCCGGUGGGAGCUCCCCUCCCUUCUGCUCGCUCCCUGUUCUUCAUUCCUCAGGCGAAAAGGUUGCUCAAGGAGACUCCAGGACUGGGGUCUGCCUCGUCACUGUCACCAGGAGCCUUUUUUCCUUCCUGACUUGCCAGAGCUCCCCGUCAGUCCUCACAGCGCCUCUGGAAGCAAAGGGAAGGCAGCUGUGGGAUCCUGGCUGAGCAGAGUCCAGCAUCCUGCUUCCUGCUCCUUCCUGCACCAUGAAAAUCCUGUUCUGUGACCUCCUGCUGCUCAGCCUCUUCUCCAGCGCCUCCAGCAGCUGUCAGAGGGACUGUCUGGCCUGCAGGGAGAAGCUCCGCCCGGCUCUUGACAGCUUCAACCUUGAGCUGUGCAUCCGUGACUGUGAAGAAAAGGACUUCGCCAGCCCUCUCUGGACUCCGUGCACCAAGGUCAUGGCCGGGGGCUCCUGGCAGCUCAGCCCGGCCGACCCAGACCAUGUGGCCGCUGCUCUUUACCAGCCAAAAGCCUCUGAGAUGCAGCAUCUGAAGCGAAUGCCCCGCGUCCGGAGCCUGUUCCAAGAGCAGAAAGGGACAGAGCCCAGCACGGGUGAGGCUGGAGAGACAGAGCAGAAGCAGCUGCAGAAGAGGUUCGGGGGCUUCACCGGGGCCCGGAAGUCGGCCCGGAAGCUGGCCAACCAGAAGCGGUUCAGUGAGUUUAUGAGGCAGUACCUGGUCCUGAGCUUGCAGUCCAGCCAGCGCCGGCGCACCCUGCACCAGAAUGGUGUCCAGGCAAUCCCCAAAUCAGCAUGUCUCCAGCCCCAGACCUGCCGGACUCGGCUGGGAAUCAAGAUUCCUUCUUCCCCAAGGCACUGAGGCCUCCAGGCCCCCACCCCCAGGGCCCAGCCCCGCCCCAUCUGGUUGUCUGUCCCUCCCCCUUCUCCACCCACGGCAUGUUUCAUGACAACCCUGUUGCUACAUCAGAGUGUAUUUUUGUAAUUCCUCCAGCUAACAUCUAAACAGCCCAUCUUUCCUUCUCACCCGCCUCUUCCCUCUUCUAGGGCGGGUUAAAGGAACAGGAAAUCAAGCCUGGGGUUUUGACUUGUCACUGCCAUAAUUUGUUUGUAAAAGAACUGUUCUUUUUGACUGUUUUAAACAGAGACUUCUCCAUUAAACUUCUACUGAGAAAAUGGUUAAUA